UUUUUAUAAUUUUCACUUUCUCAGCUUUUGACCGUUGCUUUCCUUUUUUUCAUAUCACAACGUCUAUCUUUAUCUCUCUUCUAUUUCUUUCUCUCGCUUCUCUCUCUUCUCUCUCUUCUCUGUUCAAUGUUCAGUUCACUUCACCAUUCCUAUUGAAGCUUAGAGAACCUUAUGAAUUUGGCUAAAGGCAUUGAAGAAUUGUAUUAUUCUGGUACCCAUUUGGAUUCCAGUAUCAAAAUUCUGUUGGAUAUAAUAGAAAUAAAGUGGAAAAAAACAAGGGAUGGGAUGUAAUACAUCAAAAUUAGAUGAUGAGGAGGUUGUUCAAAUAUGCAAAGAUCGAAAAAAAUUCAUCAAGCAAGCUCUUGAACAUAGAACAAAGUUUGCUUCUGGUCAUAUUGCAUAUAUUCAAUCUUUAAAAAGGAUCUCUGCUGCUCUUCGUGAAUAUAUCGAAGUUGAUGAGCCUCGCGAGUUCUCAUUUAUUACCCCUCCAUUUACGCCCGUAAAGAAAUUGAACCCAAAGCUCAUAACCAUUUCUCCAAAGUGUUUCUCAGCACCAGCUAUUCAAUCAGGAGAAAACUCCAAUGUGAAGAUUAACUACUAUAGACCAAGUGGGACAGAGUCGGUUUCAGUCGAGGAGAGACCUCAAUCUCCUGAUACUUAUCAUGUUCAAUCCUAUUCACCAAUGCACCAAUAUGGGUUUGAUGGUUUUUUCACAAUGCAGUCUCCACAAAGAAAUUCUUCGUAUGACUCGCAUUCGUACUCCUCGGUGUAUAAUAGACCUGAUAUACCCCCGCCUUCGCCACAAAAUCCUUCCCCAUGGGAUUUCUUUUGGAACCCAUUUUCAUCAUUGGAUUACUAUGGAUAUCCCAUGAGAAGUAGCCUCGAGCAAUCUAUAGUUGAUGAUGAUAUAGCAGGAUUAAGGCAGGUUCGAGAAGAAGAAGGGAUCCCGGAUUUAGAAGAGGAGACUGAACAUGAAGAAAUCGAUGAAAGGAGACAUGAAAGAGAAGAUAUACCUAAAGAACAAUCGCAUGACGUGAGAGAGGAAAUAACAGUGGAAGAUGUUGAUGAGGAAGAGGAAGAUGAUGAAACAGAAACUGAUGAUGGAAAUCAACUUGAAGGAAAUGGUAUGCAGAAACAUGUUCAUAACAGCAUUGCAUCAUCACACGUGCCUAAUGCUGGACAUAUUGAAGUAAAUCUUCAUGAGACAACGGUUAGUGAACGAGAAAAGAAACAAGGGGAAGCACCAGGAUUCACAGUUUAUGUAAACAGAAGGCCCACGAGCAUGGAUGAAGUUAUCAAAGAUUUAGAAUCUCAAUUUAUGAUUGUUUGUGCUGCUGCAAAUGAAAUUUCUGCCAUGUUAGAAGCCAAUCGAGCUGAUCGCCUACCAGCAUCAAGUGAAGUAACAGCUAUGAAAAUGUUGAACCCAGUAGCACUGUUCCGGUCUGCCUCGUCGCGCUCCUCAUCAUCCAGAUUUUUGGUCAAUUCUUUGGAAGGUUCAAUAGAUGAAGGAUCUGAAAGCAGCAGUUACUUAUCAGAUGGAUCAUGCAUGUUCUCCGGUAGCCAUCAUUCUACAUUAGACAGACUGUAUGCUUGGGAGAAGAGAUUGUAUGAGGAAGUCAGGUCUGGGGAAAGAGUUCGAUUGGCAUAUGAGAAGAAGUGUACACAACUGCAGAAUCAAGAAUCAAAAGGAGACGAUCCUUCAACGCUUGAAAAAACUAAGGCAACUCUUCGAGAUUUGCAUACCCAAAUAAAGGUUUCAAUACACUCAAUUGAAGCUAUUUCGAAGAGGAUUGAGACUUUAAGGGAUGAAGAGUUACAUCCUCAGCUUUUGGAAUUGGUUCAGGGGUUAGCAAGAAUGUGGAAAGUGAUGGCAGAGUGUCACCAAAUGCAAAAGCAUACUCUAGAUGAAGCCAAACUUCUAUUAGCCGGAACACCUUCAAAGCUAAAUAGUUCAAAGAGACAUCAAGCUACACUUUCUACUACCGACCCACAUCGACUUGCUCGCUCAUCCCAAAUUCUAGAGACUGAGCUAAGAAACUGGAGAGCUUGUUUUACAUCAUGGAUUGCUUCUCAACAAUCGUACAUACAUGCAUUGUCUAGCUGGCUCCUAAGAUGUAUGAGACGUGAACCCAAAACAUCAGAACUACCUUUCUCUCCCCGUCGAUCUCCUGGGGUUCAUCCAAUCUUUGGUAUCUGCAUCCACUGGACUAGACUUCUGGAUGCAGUUUGUGACACCGCAGUUCUUGAUGGGAUGGACUUUUUCGCUGCAGGAAUGGGAUCAAUUUACGCCCAGAGCCAAGCCCAAGCUCAAGCUCAAGCUCAAGCUCAAUCCCAAACCCAAAUUAUCGGUGGGUCUCGGAGACACGAGAACACCGAUGGAAGCAUGGAAAUGGUAGAAGUAGGAAAAGUCGAAGAAGUGAUGACGCCAGAGAAAAUGGCGGAAGUUGCAGUGAAAGUUUUGUGUGCAGGAAUGUCAGUUGCUAUGAGCUCUUUAGCAGAAUUUGCUGUUAGUUCAGCUGAGGGAUACGCCGAACUGGUAAAGCAAUGGGAAAAUGUCAAGUGCCCACCUAGUCCCAAAUCUGAAGGAAUGUAAACUCUUUCUUUCAUUUAUUGAUUUUUUUUUCCUUAGGUAGGAAUUUUCUGUUGAUACAGAUUGCUGCCAUUGUAAGUACAACGUCGCUGAAUUGUUUUAGCUUGGUCAUGUAAAGAUCGAAACCGGGCUUCUAGUAGUAGUAGUAGUUAGGUUGGUUAGCUCUCUUGCUGUGUGUUUUGCUGCUGUGUACUGUGUCACAAGAGAGAAUUCCCAAAUAACACUAUUUGGUGUUUCCAUUGGGAAAAUUUUGGUAUGGAAAAAAAUGAUUUGCGGAAACUAUUUUCUCCAGAAAGAUGAAAACGAAACGUGUAGUACUCUGCAGAAACUUGAAUGCUGAUGAGUUCAUUCGGGUUUGAUUCUCACCAUAGUGGUAGUUGAUAGGGGUUUGAUUCUCACCGCUUAUAAAAAAAUCAGUUCCUCCCUCUUGCCUGUACGGAACUAUCCUUACGACCUUACUCCAGAGUCAACAUACCUCAAACUGCUCAAUAUAGAAAUGCAAUCUUACUCCAAUUCGAAAACCCAUCUUGGUUAUCUGUUGAAGAUGAUGGGUGUCCUGAAAAUGUUAAAUUUUUCGGCCCUGUUUGUGUUGAACCAUCAGUGCACAAGAUUGCUGAAAUUCAAAAGCUUGCUCAUCUAAACAUACUGGAGAGAAGAAACAACAUGAUACAAAUCAUCAUUCGAAUGAGUCCUGCGUAAGGCGGAGUUUGAGGAGGGUAGAAAAGAAGG